CCGUCAUCGGCGCCGGGCGCCCCCAGCCUCUCUCCGCCUCGCUCUCCCCGGCGUCGGGCCGGGAGAAGCCGGCAGCAUCGGGAGCCUCCCGCCGAGGGUACCGCGGUCCGCACCCCGCUCCCGCAGCCCCCGGUCCGGCCCCGGCGGGACGCCCCCUCCCCUCCCCCCUCCGCGGCGCGGGGGCCCGGCCGGCUUCCGCCCUCCGGGGGCUGCGAGACCGGCCCCGGCCGCCCGGCCCCCGGGAGCUCCAGCCAUGGGCUCGGGGCGCGUGCCCGGGCUCUGCCUGCUCGUCCUGCUGGUCCACGCCCGCGCCGCCCAGCACAGCAAAGCCGCGCAAGAUGUGGACGAAUGUGUGGAGGGGACCGACAACUGCCACAUUGAUGCUAUCUGCCAGAACACCCCACGGUCGUACAAGUGCAUCUGCAAGUCUGGCUACACAGGGGAUGGUAAACACUGCAAAGAUGUGGAUGAGUGUGAACGAGAAGAUAAUGCAGGUUGUGUGCAUGACUGUGUCAACAUCCCUGGAAAUUACCGAUGCACCUGCUAUGAUGGAUUCCACCUGGCACAUGAUGGACACAACUGUCUGGAUGUGGACGAGUGUGCCGAGGGCAAUGGUGGCUGUCAGCAGAGCUGUGUCAACAUGAUGGGCAGCUAUGAGUGCCACUGCCGGGAGGGCUUCUUCCUCAGCGACAACCAGCACACCUGCAUCCAGCGGCCAGAAGAAGGAAUGAAUUGCAUGAACAAGAACCAUGGCUGUGCUCACAUUUGCCGGGAGACACCCAAAGGGGGUAUUGCCUGUGAAUGCCGCCCUGGCUUCGAACUCACCAAGAACCAACGGGACUGUAAAUUGACAUGCAACUAUGGUAAUGGUGGCUGCCAGCACACGUGCGAUGACACAGAGCAGGGUCCCCGGUGCGGCUGCCAUGUCAAGUUUGUGCUCCAUACCGACGGGAAGACAUGCAUCGAGACCUGUGCUGUCAACAAUGGGGGCUGUGACAGUAAGUGCCACGAUGCAGCGACGGGUGUCCACUGCAGCUGCCCUGUGGGCUUCAUGCUGCAGCCAGACAGGAAGACGUGCAAAGACAUAGAUGAGUGCCGCUUGAACAAUGGGGGCUGUGACCACAUUUGCCGCAACACAGUGGGCAGCUUUGAAUGCAGCUGCAAGAAGGGCUAUAAGCUUCUCAUCAAUGAGCGGAACUGCCAGGAUAUAGACGAGUGUUCCUUUGAUCGAACCUGUGACCACAUAUGUGUCAACACACCAGGAAGUUUCCAGUGCCUCUGCCAUCAUGGCUACCUGCUAUAUGGUGUCACCCACUGUGGGGAUGUGGAUGAGUGCAGCAUCAACCGGGGAGGCUGCCGCUUUGGCUGCAUCAACACUCCAGGCAGCUACCAGUGUACCUGCCCCGCAGGCCAGGGCCGGCUGCACUGGAAUGGCAAAGAUUGCACAGAGCCGGUCAAAUGUCAGAGCAGUCCUGGUGCCUCGAAAGCCAUGCUCAGCUGCAACCGGUCUGGCAAGAAGGACACCUGUGCCCUGACCUGCCCCUCCCGGGCCCGGUUUUUGCCAGAGUCUGAGAAUGGCUUCACGGUGAGCUGUGGCACCCCCAGCCCCAGGGCCACUCCAGCCCGAGCUGGCCACACCGGGAACAGCACAAACUCCAACCACUGCCAUGAGGCUGCAGUGCUGUCAGUUAAACAGCGGGCCUCCUUCAAGAUCAAGGACGCCAAAUGCCGUUUGCACCUGAGAAACAAAGGCAAAACGGAGGAGGCCAGCAGAAUCCCGGGACCAGGUGGUGCCCCCUGCUCUGACUGCCAGAUCACCUUUAUCCACCUCAAGUGUGACUCCUCUCGGAAGGGCAAGGGCCGGCGGGCCCGGACCCCUCCAGGCAAGGAAGUCACUCGGCUCACCCUGGAACUGGAGGCAGAGGUCAGAGCCGAAGAAACCACAGCUGGCUGUGGACUGCCUUGCCUCCGACAGCGAAUGGAACGGCGGCUGAAAGGGUCCCUGAAGAUGCUCAGAAAGUCCAUCAACCAGGACCGCUUCCUGCUGCGCCUGGCAGGCCUUGAUUAUGAACUGGCCCACAAGCCGGGCCCAGGAGCUGGGGAGCGAGCUGAGCCAGCAGAGGCCUGUAGGCCUGGGCAGCACCGUGCUGGGGCUAAGUGUGUCAGCUGCCCGCAGGGAACGUAUUACCACGGCCAGACGGAGCAGUGUGUGCCAUGCCCAGCGGGCACCUUCCAGGAGAGAGAAGGGCAGCUCUCCUGCGACCUUUGCCCUGGGAGUGAUGCCCACGGGCCUCUCGGAGCCACCAACGUCACCACGUGUGCAGGUCAGUGCUCUCCUGGCCAAUACUCCGUUGAUGGGUUCAAGCCCUGCCAGCCAUGUCCACGCGGCACGUACCAACCUGAAGCAGGACGGACCUUGUGCUUCCCUUGUGGUGGGGGCCUCACCACCAAGCAUGAGGGAGCCAUCUCCUUCCAAGACUGUGACACCAAAGUCCAGUGCUCCCCUGGUCACUACUACAACACCACCAUCCAUCGCUGUAUCCGCUGUGCUAUGGGCUCCUAUCAGCCUGACUUCCGUCAGAACUUCUGCACCCGCUGUCCAGGAAAUACAAGCACUGACUUUGAUGGCUCCACCAGUGUGGCCCAGUGCAAGAAUCGCCAGUGCGGUGGGGAGCUGGGUGAGUUCACUGGCUAUAUCGAGUCCCCCAACUACCCAGGCAACUACCCAGCUGGCGUGGAGUGCGUCUGGAACAUCAACCCCCCACCCAAGCGCAAGAUCCUUAUCGUGGUACCCGAGAUCUUCCUGCCAUCUGAGGAUGAGUGUGGGGACGUCCUCGUCAUGAGAAAGAACUCCUCCCCAUCCUCCAUUACCACCUAUGAGACCUGCCAGACCUAUGAGCGCCCCAUUGCUUUCACGGCCCGCUCCAGGAAGCUCUGGAUCAACUUCAAGACGAGCGAGGCCAACAGUGCUCGUGGCUUCCAGAUCCCCUACGUCACCUAUGAUGAGGACUACGAGCAGCUAGUAGAAGACAUUGUUCGAGAUGGCCGGCUCUAUGCGUCUGAAAACCACCAGGAGAUUUUAAAGGACAAGAAGCUCAUCAAGGCCUUCUUCGAGGUGCUGGCCCACCCCCAGAACUACUUCAAGUAUACAGAGAAACACAAGGAGAUGCUGCCAAAAUCCUUCAUCAAGCUACUCCGCUCCAAAGUUUCCAGCUUCCUGAGGCCCUACAAAUAGUGCCCAUAGGCCCAAGACCCAGGUUUUAAAGCCCCCAGACUCCUUAGCCCUCCGAGCCAGCAGCCCCUACCCUCAGAUGAGGAAUUCUCUCUUCUCUUUCUUUUUGGAGAAAAAAAAAAAUCACUAUA